UCGACCUGCCCGUCGAGCCCGCCGCCGACCAGGACCUCCGCGAGCACGACCGCCUGGACGGCGACGUCUACCGCGAGCGGGAGCGCGCCGAGCUGAUGCUGCGCAACCAGGGCGCCGCCGGCAAGCAGGUGGUGAUCGUCGGCGCGGCCCUGGCGCUCGUCGCGCAGUUCCUCUGCCUGGCCUCCGCCACCAGGCGGCUGCGGCCCGGCCACGUCGACGUCUCCACCGCCGUCCUGUUCAACGUCGAGUUCGCCCUCAUCGUGGAGAACCUCGUGUUCAUGCUGGGCGUGCAGUCCGUGGGCGAGCCGCUGCGAUGCCAGUGGGUGGCGCUGGCGCUGCACUACCUGCACCUGGUGACGGGCGGCUGGUUCCUGGCCAACACGGCCUUCCUGGCGUACCGCCUGCGCUGCAACGCCGCCCCGACCACCUUCCGCCCCGUGGCCGCCGCCGUGUGGCUGCUGCCCGCUGUUCUCGUCUCGGCGAUGUACGCGGCGCAGCCCCGGUCCUACGAGACGCACCGCUACUGCUGGAUGGCCGUGCAGCGGGGCAUGCUGCUCACCUUCGUGGCGCCCGUCACCCUCAUGAUCACGGUGAACUCGGCGCUGACGCUGCGCGGCCUGCGCGCCAGGCCGGUGGCCGAGGACGUGGACAAGGACCUGGCGGUGGACACGGAGGCGGCGGCCGGCGGCCACGACGGCGAGGCGGUGCGCGAGCGAGACGCCGCCACGCCGGCCGAGCUGAGGACCUCGCUGCGCGCCGCCGCCGCCAUGCUGCCCCUGUACUCGGCCGACUGGUUCCUGGGCGUCGUCGCCAUGGACAACUCCACGUUCCUCACGUACCCGCUGCUCUUCCUCGUCACCAACGGCUUCCUGAACUGGUUCCUGAUGGUGUGCGCGUGGCUGGUGGUGCCGCGCGAGUCCCACAAGGAGGGCGGCGACUGGUGCGGCGGCGCGGACGGCGAGGACCUCGACGACGAGGACGAGCUGCUGCUGGAGGACGACGACGCGGGGUGCUGGGGCAAGGGCAGCGGGUACGGCUCGGCCUACGGCACGGCCUUCAACGCGCACGGCGAGGAGCAGGCCCUCAUCUGGGCCGCCAACGCCGCGCUGGAGCGCAGCAACGGUGAGGCAGCGUCUCCCUCUUCUCUUUUUAUUUCAAUUUUCCGUCGAAACGAAACCCUUGUCGGCGCAGCUAUGUCCGGGGAGCCGCGCGUGCACGUGCGUCCGCCGCCGCGGUCCUCGUCCUGCUCCCGGUGGGACGAGUCCUUCCUGCGUGACGGCGACGCGGCCCUGCCGGCGGCCAGCUCGCCGGCCGCCGCCGCGCUCAGCCAGGAGCUGGCCGAGAUGCGCUACGACGGCGGCAUCAGCACCAUCAGCUCGUGAGCGGCCUCCCAUUGGCUGCCGACCCCAGCCAAUGCCGAGCCUCGAGCCAUUUUCCGCCGCGCGGCCAGUGUGAGGCUCUGAGUGAGCCCCCGUUUCACUGCGCCCCACACCCAAAAAAAUGACUUCUUGGAUCAAAAAAAAUUCAACUUUUCUUGGUUUUUGCAAAAAAAAAUUCUUAUUCCAUUUUUUUUUUCUUGAAUAAAGAAAAUUUUUCUUGUGUCGAGAUUACUUUGCUUACAAAAACCAAGUAAAUCAAAAAUCAAGAAACCAUUUUUUUGGGGUGCACGGGUUGGUAUGUCCCCCCUUCUUCGUUCGCACCAACUCAGAGAAGAAGGGCACCUUUCGGAAAUGAGAAAUGAAGCGCUAAAGUUACCCAUGCGCGGUUAAACUGCUUUGAUUGGUAGACGUGGGUUUAAAUUUGUUUGUUAUUUGUGUUUGUGUAGCUUUGAUAAAUGUUUAAAAUUUUCCGUUGUGUGUUGGGAGUUUAAAAAAGGUUUUAAUUGAAAGAGACUUUGUGAAAAUUUUACCUUAAAAAAAGGGAUUGUAUCCGUAAAAAAACAAAACAAAAAAAUCUCUUUUCUUUUUGCUUUAUUAUCUAAAUUGUGAGUGAUAAAAAUAAUCUGGCUGUAUGAAUAACACUGAUAUUGUUCUUAGGUGCUGUAACGUUUUUUCGUUUUCAUUUGUUUUUUGUUAGAAGUAAUUAAUCACCACUGAAACAGGGUUGUCGCUUGUCGGUGUCCUUGUUCGCAGUUAGUGAGUAAAAAUGAAAAACUCGGGGAAAUGUCUGUGCAAAUCGAAAAUCGUCCCUUCACUGCAAGCAUUUUCGAGUAGAAUCGUGCCGUUUGCCUUAGUCGUUGGUGGUCGCCACCGUGCCAAGCUCAGCGACCUCAACUUUAUACACAGUAAGCUUGAAACAAUCAACAAUUGUAAGUAUUGUAAUUCUCUCUCAGAGACUACGUGUACGAAAAGAAAAUCAAAAAGAAAUUUGAGCUAAGUGUUAGAUCCUCCCUUUCGACUGAGUGCAAAAUGAACCUCCUGCAAGGUAUCUUUCAUCGCGCUGCGUACUUAGGAAAGCUCUCCUGAAUGCGAGGGGUUGCCGGGGCCUCCCUCGUCGCCCCCGCUCAGCUGGGCAGAGUACCGUAGGAUGGACGACCGUCAAGAGGCCAAGGCUGAGUAUUGUAGAUAUUUUCCGUUCGCUGUGGAUACCUGUGGAUCCCAGUGCGUUGGUUAAGAUUCGCGGUUGUUAGAGAAAAACGGCUCAGAACACAGAGUCGACGCGUAGCUAUGAAUCGAAUUGACGCUUUGCGCGCCCCUCUGCCGGGACGGAGCGCUGUCCACGCGACGACGCAGCGACAUAGAAACACAGUGACAGGGCAAGGGGAUGGAAUGACGGGCGCACUCUUAGCCCAAAUAGUUGUCUAGCUAGUGCCUCGGCGGCCUCGGCGUCCCCUCCCACACCUCCGGACCGGACCUCGGUCCUCUUGAAUAAGCCCGGCACGCCAUCAUCUCCAAGUCCCGACGCUCCCGAGGAGACGAAAAAAGAAAAACUGUCCUUUGUUCGCGAGUCAUUCUGUUCAAAUGAAUGGCCGUCUGAAUGGCAUUCCCCUUCCCCCUCUUCAACUUCUCGCUGCCGUGCCACGCCGUGCCACGCCGUGCCACCUCCCCAAUCUCGCCCCACUGCUCAACCUCCGGGAAGGACUCGGAAGGACCCCGAUGCUUUCGAGUUAUUUACUCGGACAAAGCGGAAUAUUUAAAUCAGACAAAAGCCGCACGACCGUGGCGCCGCUAGCGCCAACAGGAAAAAAAGGGGUUGUUAGAUGUGCGACGCUUAGACAAGGGGAAUCAUCUCGUUGUCGUUCGCGCGCCUCUCCCCCCCCCACCUUUUCCCCCCUCCCCUCCACCCUCCCGCACAAACCCGCUCCUUUCUCCCGUGCGACGCCUCGGCAGCAACGCUUUGCCAAUGGCCCGCGGAACAUUCGGAACUUGUGGCAGUUCCUUAAGCGAAAACCAAGACUUUAUCGUAGUUUUAAAUAACGUGUGUGCGAGUGUGGUGUUCUGGUGAGAAAGCGUACAAAUCAAAAGAGACAAUCUCCUUCGCGAGGCUCACUUCAUUUCGUCGCCAAAGAGAAAAAGAGAGCGGAUCGGGUUUCCGUUUAAUUCAGUUGCCGAACGUUGUUUACUUCAGUUGCCGAACGGCAUUAGCUUCGCUUGGUUAGUCGCGGGCUCUAGGAAUCGGGAACGCCGAAAGGAAGUUAAAAAGAGGGAACUAUAGAAAGGUCUUGUUGAUAAAAAAAAAGUUACUUAAGUCCUGGAGGGGUUAUCACUAUUUCGGUUGUCUUCUUUAUUUCAAUUUCGACAGAGUUCUGACACCCACUGUCCUACUUCUUGCCUAAAAGUGGGUAGAAUAUUAAUGAUAAAAAUCUCAACUCUCCUUUGUGUGGUACAAAAUUUACUAUUUAUUUAUUCAUUCAUUUAUUUAUUUAUUUAUUUAUCCCGCUUUCUGUGAUGAGUUAUAUGUCAAGUUAAAUUUUGUCCUUCUAUGUACCAUUAGAACUCCCCACUUAAUUGUGUCCCCUUCAUAUUUUUUUAAUCAAAUAUUUUACGAUUAAAAUUGCUCUCUUCGCCACUCCUUCAUCAACAAAAAUACAUUAUUGUAAUCAUGUGGAGUACUUUUUUGUUAAUGUGGAUUGCGUCAAGAAUGUGAAAAAUCCAAGAGGAAACUAUAUGUAUUGAUAUUCUCAACGUAUUAUAAUAAAGAUAAUACAGCAA